GCAAAGUAUGUGUGUUUGUGUGUGACAAUGGAGUCCAGUCAGGUCAUCGUGUUCAGCUUUGUUCUUGUGUUGGUUGGGCUGAGUGACUCUCGCCUCCCCAGUAUGAGACCAGCAGCCCACUGGGCGGCCGUGAUGCACUCUCCUGGUGAAGUGCAAGUCCGGUCAGCAGCAGGAGGACCUGAGAGGAAACACUUCAGUGUGUUUAUGAAGCCGGCCAACAGGUUCCUCUCAAAGCAGGUCCAGUCCAAAGGAGAUGAGUUCAAGUGGACGUUCCCAGAGGACUCCGUGUCUCCAGUGACCCCAGCGAUCGAGCCUCUUGUCCCGUUCAACGUGCUUCAGCCGGCCGUGUCCAGUCGGGUGGCUGUGAGGUGUGGGGAGAGCAGGAUCCAGGUGGAGGUGAGUCAGGACCUGCUGGGCCUGGGCAGGCUGAUCCAUCCAGAUGACAUCACACUUGGAGGCUGCCCACCAACUGAGAUGGACCCCUCUUCUAAUGUUCUGAUCUUUGAGUCUGAGCUGCAUGACUGUGGCAGCACACUGGAGGUAUACGAGUCUGGUUUUGUUUAUGCCUAUAAACUGGUGUAUGAGCCCAGGAUGCUGGACUCCAGUCCCAUCACGAGGAGUCAGAGAACCGUCAUCAGAGUGGAGUGUCACUACGCCAACUAACCCCUAGCAGCUCAAAGCAGGAGUCAGCUGAUUACUGGAAAUAAAUAUUUUGCAUGUUUGGUGUCUUAAA